AUGAAAAAAAAUGUUUAUCUGUACAUACCAAAUAUUAUUGGCUAUAUACGAGUUAUUUUAGCUUUACUUGGUUUUAUGGUAUGCCAACAAAAUUUACUAAUAUUUAUAAUAUUUUAUUCUACUAGUCAAAUAUUAGAUGCGUUAGAUGGAUGGACAGCAAGAAAAUUUAAUCAAACAUCUGUUUUUGGUCAAAUUUUAGAUCAAAUUACAGAUAGAUUGUCAACAAGUUUGUUAUAUCUCCUUAUUAGUAGUGUUUAUGAUAAAUAUAUUAUAUUGAUUGGACUAAUUAUGAUUGCAGAUAUAGGUGGACAUUAUUUUCACUCAACAUCAUGUGCUAUAGCAGGAAAUAAGACUCAUAAAAAAAUUGAAAAAGGAAAUAGAUUUCUUAAACUAUAUUAUGAAAGACAAAGUGUCAUGGUUAUUUGUAUAAUUGCAUACGAAUCGUUUUUGAUUUCUACAUAUUUAUUAAAGGUUACUUCAGACAAAUCAUUAAUAUAUAAAUUAAGUGAUUAUAUCUUAAAGAUUUCUUUUCCUUUGGCUGCAUUUAAAGUGUUUACAAACGUAUCUCAAGGAGUAUAUGGGGUCAAAAGAUUAGUAGAAAUGGAUUAUAAAAAAAAUGAUGAAUAA